AUGAGAUUUUUAUCUCUUCUGGCUAGCAUCUUUGCUUGGGCACGACUGGCUCAAGCCCAGGCUGUCUUUGCCCACUUCAUGAUCACCAACUCUGCCAACUAUACAUCCGAUGACUGGCUCGAUGACAUUGCCAAGGCCAAAGCGGCUCAUAUUGAUGCUUUCGCACUCAACAUGGCUUAUGGAGACCCAACGAAUGAGAUGUCUGUUGCUGAUGCGUUUCAACACGCCUCUUCACUAGGGUUUCAGCUCUUCUUCUCAUUUGACUACGCUGGGAACGGACCAUGGCCCAAGAGCGUUGUUCAGGGCUUUAUCAACCAAUAUGGUAGCUCUGGUACAUACUUUCAUUACCAGGGCAAACCAUUUGUGUCAACGUUCGAGGGCCCUGAUAAUGCCGACGACUGGGUCGAGAUUAAGGCAGCUACCGGUUGCUUUUUCAUCCCCGAUUGGUCGUCCCUUGGCGCGAAGCCAGCAAUGGCCAAAGCGAAUGGCGUUGCCGAUGGCCUGUUCAGUUGGGCAGCCUGGCCGUGGGGUGACCAAAAUAUGGACACCUAUGUAGAUGCCUCUUAUUUCCAGUACCUCGGAGGUAAGCCAUACAUGAUGGCGGCGUCUCCCUGGUUUUAUACCAACCUUCCAGGGUACAACAAGAACUGGAUGUGGCGAGGGGAUGACCUCUGGUUCGAUCGAUGGCAGCAGAUCCUCUGGUGGCGCCCCGAAUUUGUCCAAAUCAUAUCUUGGAACGAUUAUGGCGAGUCGCACCAUAUUGGACCUGUACGGGACAAGUCUCUCGAGGCCUUUACGAUCGGAAAAGCACCCUUCAACUUUGUUCUGCCACAUGAUGGUUGGCGGGACACCCUUCCAUUCACCAUCGACAUGUAUAAGCAUAACACGACGACGGUCGAUUCAGAACGUCUAGUCACCUGGUACCGGCCCAACCCAGCAACGAGUUGUAAAGACGGUGGAACUUCCGGCAAUACGGCAUCGCAGCUACAGCUAGAGUUCCACCCCUGGAAUGUAGCCAAAGACGCAAUAUACUUCACGGCGCUCCUUACAUCUUCUGCAUCCAUCGAAGUUACCGUCGGCGGAGUUCAGCAAAAGGCAUCUUGGUCAAUGACUCCCGAGGGUGGCGUCGGUCUCUAUCAUGGCAAUGCCUGGUAUUAUAGCCAAACUGGCGAUGUUCAUGUUCGUGUGGUCCGCGGGGGCUCGACCAUUGCCGAGGUCACUGGAAUUGCCAUCACCACGGACUGCAGCAAGACCAAUGGCUACACCAAUUGGAAUGCCUGGGUUGGCAGCGCUGUUGCUGCCGGCUCCGCUUCGGCCAAACCGCAUUCUCGUACAGACCAGGUCUGCAUCGAGGGCACAGGACCCCUGCCUGGCUUUGCAACUCUCUGCGAGUUCACAUGUGGCUACGGCUACUGCCCCAAGGGUGCCUGUCAUUGCACGAAGUUGGGGGCUCAGGUCGAGGUGCCCAAGUGGAAAGGGAUAAUGGCCUACCCAGCGGCCGGAAAGACGAGCGACUACCAGGGACUCUGCCAGAACGCGUGCAACUGGGGCUUCUGCCCAGGCUCCUACUGUGACACAGUUGAGCAUCCAACCGUCAUUUCCUCCGUGUCGCCUUUCCUUCCAGGAACCUGCACCCGUGGGCAGGGCAUGAGCUCGUCACCUUAUUUUGAUGACCUUUGUUCUUUUGCCUGCUCUCACGGCUUCUGUCCAAUCGCCGUGUGCUACUGUUCUGCACAGGGAGCGCUCAAUCUUAUGGAGCCUACGAGCAAAAGCAAUGCCAGGACCCUAGACGGUGCCGCCGAUGACCACGGUUUAUGCGCAUUCACUUGCGCGCGUGGGUACUGCCCGUCACUCUGCGCUGAUCCAGACUUGGGCCAGGCAACAGAUCUCUGGCAGGCUGGCUACUUUGUCCCAGAGUACAGCAUCGAAGAGGACGACGUCUAUCCCAGCAUCCUUUCCGCCGACACUACGUGCGAUCCGAGUGUUAGGCCCCAAACUCUCGAUGAUUUGGUCAAGGUCAUGAAUGACGAUACCUACAACCCUGUCUGCCGAAACCUUUGGGCCCUUCGCAUACUUUCCGACUCUCUUGACAGCUUUCAGGCGGACUACAAGGACGCUCUCAGUGGCUACGAUUCCGUUUUCGGCUACUACGUCGACUAUGUUAAGGAGUCAAUCAACCCCCAGCUCACAGCAUACAUGGACUUCGACACCGGGGCAGGCAACAAGUUUUUUACGUGCUCCUGGACCGUCCAGUCCAGGACAAGAGAAGGUCCUUGCCCGCCGGCGGACAAAUUCUGGCAACAGCAAGCGUCUUGGUCAGUGACGUAUACUUUGUCUGACGCGGAUGGCUUCUACGCCGCCGUCGAAAAAGAUCUUGGCAUCGAGAAGGACUGGAUUUCCUUUGGCAACUGGCAGCAGACAACAGACAGCGAAUGCGCCGACGCGCCAGAUUGGCGCCCCAAAACACCCAAGAUUAGCUGUCGCAAGCAGCUUCUCUACAAAAAGGGUAUCCCGGUCAGCAGCAACAACGUCAAGGUGUCAAACCCCAAGGACGUUAUCGAGGCGGCGAUGCCGUCGAUCAGCGACUUAUCCAUGCGCGUCUUGAAUAUGUACGUGAUGGCAGGGCUGGGCUACGCUGAGGAUACAGGUGACAUGGUGACGGCUGUUGCUAUGCCCGUGCUGAUGCUCGAGGGCGUGAUUGAGAACAUGAAGCAGAUCAAGAGUAUUGGCGCCGAGCAGCGUGAAAGAGAGAAGAAGGCCCUCAUCCUAGAGAUUCUUUCUAUCGUUCUAUUUGUCUUACCAUUCGCAGGUGAGAUCGUUGGAGCUGCGUUCGGGGGAGCUGCGAUGGUUGCUCGUAUCGCAACUCUUAUUGGGGAGGUCGGGAACGCUGCCCUUACCAUUGAGAGUAUCGUCAGCGACCCUGUAUCGGCGCCUUUUGCCGUCCUAUCGCUUCUCAUUGGGCCCUAUGGCGGCGCGUCGGAGCGAACGUCCUCACAGGCCAUCGCUGAAGCGGCGGCGGCGAGAAGGGCUCUUUCCGGGGAAAAGAUCUCGCUGUUUGGCCAAAGUUUCGUUGCCCAGGACGCAAAGAUCCAAAAGAUUGUAAAUGUUUGUGCCUAG